UUUACGGUAAACGGAAGCUUCCUGUCGUACGUCAUCAGUCGGUCAUGCAGUAGCUACUAGCAACAACUCGCAGCAGAUAAAGCUUGGUAAUUCGAUAUAAUAAGUUGAAAGAUGAUGUUACCAAAGUCUUAAUGUUACUAGACGUGUAUAGGUCGUGAUUAAUGUCACUAUCGUUAAUAAGCACUGCUCAUAAUACUCCGCUUGUCAUCAUUGUGUAACGUUAUCAGUUUAUAUGAGUCCAGAAGUUGUCUCAAAUACAUCAACGAAUUAAUCAUUUAAAAGUGCUUUGUUAAAUCGCAGGCAUGGCGAAGGUGACGACGGACGACAUAGUUUCGGAGUACCUGGCCCAGAACCGGGAGGUGGCCGAGUGGGUCGACACUUUGAGGGGCUACUGCGAAAACAACAAACAGUGGUUUGCCCGCAGAGAGUUCAUCCUAAAAAACAUGGACGCAUACCCUACAGUGAAACCAGGUGUCUCCAACAGUAGUCUGGACAGUCUGCUGUCUCUCUCCAUGGUUUGGGCGAACCAUGUUUUCCUCGGCUGCAGCUAUCCAGAAGCUGUCAUGCUCAAGAGUAAAGAUAUGGCUGAAGGAAUAACUGUUCCAGAUCGUCCAGUUCAUACUACACGCAAGGAAAAGUUCAGUGCGCCAUUUGGAGCGCCCGACGAAAGCUGUGCCAAACGAGCCAGAUACGCUUUUAAUGAGCCCGACGGUCGACUGGCCGGGAAAACAUCAGCACAAUCUAUGAGUCAGAAAUCGGGGCCGUCCUCGCAGGCACCGGCGGAGCACCAGCCUUUCUUCAACCGCCUUUACAAGGCUGUGGCCUGGAAGUUGGUUUCGGCGGGGGGGUUCGGCCCCAACCUUGACCAUUUUGAAAUACUUUGUAGCUGUGUGGAGUCAUGUAAGGAGACCUUGACGUGCGUCUUUGUGCCGCUGAAGGACAUUGUCGGCCUGCCCACAGCUCGCACGCAGAAGGAAGGGCACGUGUGCGAGAUUCGCUGUCGGACCGUCUACAUGGGCACGGGCUACGGGCGUGAUGAACCCGCCGCCCGAGCCAUGGCUUCCAAAGAGGCGCUGAAAGUCUUUCAAGGCAGAAAAGUGACAGUAAAGAUUGCCAGACGGCGGUAUAAAGGGAGGGAUGUGGAGGAUUUGUUGUUGCUGGAUGAGCAGCCUCGGAGUCAGGGCUUCCCCCCCGCGCUCAGCUACCCUUUUUAGUACGACUGUGCGGGAGAUGCGGACCGACUUGUGAUUUGGGGGGCCUGCUGUAAUGACACAUUGGCGUCUACUGGAUGGAGCACUGAAGAAUGACACUUUGGUUUGUGGACCACAGCCUUGUGCACUCGAUGCCAGUUCGAAUCGCAUCAACAGCGGCAAGUUUUGUUAUGCACUUUUUUGAACCAGGCCAGGGAAAAUAAUUUGCCUUUGCCAUCCUCACAUUAGCGGCUUUACUUUCCACACAGGGCAGCAACUAAUAUUUAUGUUCAAAUCUAUAGUAAGGAUUAUGGCAUUUUCUCUCCCCCCCCUCCCCCCAUCUCCAUUUGCUUUGUAUUUAAAAAAAAAAAAAAAAGCAUCAGGCUGAAGUGAAAAAUGCUAGUUCUUAUUAUGUUAGCCUGGUCACUAUUUCCCCUUUCCCAUGAAUUGUACUUUCAGUCUUUUUCUUGAAGGUAACUCUUGUUGCUCUUCAUUGACUUUUGACUGUUAGAUAUCAGAUAUUAAUAUUUGCCUCACACUACCCAUGGUUUUGGUUUUCCAUGGGUUACAGCGGAAUUCAUAUUAUUUGCUAAAAUCGUUGUAUGUGUGACAAAACCUCAAACAUACCGCUUGCUUGUAGGAUGCUGUCUUUGUUGUAAUACUGCCCAGAGCUGAGGGAAGUAUUUUUUUAAAUUGAAUACCAUGCAUUUUCUUGACUACUGUAACUUUUUUCCAUUUGAUUCUAUUAAGUUAGGAUGUGAAUAUUUGGGUAGGAUCAAUGCUGCUCUGCUUUGUGAUUUGUGUUUGUUCAGUCAGGACCGACAAUGAAAUGCAAAAGUUUUCAGUUUGAAUAAAAGUUUUAAGUCAA